AUGAACGGCCUUGUCAACAUCGUCCGGAGGAGGUUCGUACCGGUACAGCGUACUUUCCACAGCUUAACAGCGGAGGCCAUCAGAUUCAACCCGACGGAUGCUGCUGCUACUACGCUGGCGCUCACUACGACAACCACUGUAGCGCGCGUAGUAAACGUCUCGAUAAGACGUUUGUGUCGCUAUAGUGAUGUGGCGCGUGGCGACGGAACUGACAGGCCGGAAUCGAAGCCGGAAUCGAGGGCCGAUGUACCUGUAUCUAACCCCCGAAGCUCGCUGGAACGCCCGACGGAGUCGCUGUGGCGGGAAAAAAUCUUAUCAAACACCGCGCUAUCGCGACAGCACAUGGUGCCGGAAAUCGCGUUACGUCUCAUAACACCCGAUUGUGCGAUCUACCACCAACCGGUUGGCGCCAGCCGCGAUCCAUCCGAUACCGGCUUUCCGUUGGAUCCGUUUUGGGGAUUUUUCUGGCCCGGAGGUCAAGCACUAACGAGGUUCAUUCUUGAUACAGGUCACGUUUUCCGCGGAAAAACCGUACUGGAUGUGGGGUGUGGAUGUGGCGCCUCCACCAUUGCCGCAUUGCUGGUUGGAGCGAACCGGGUUACGGCUAACGACAUAGAUCCAGUCGCUUUGCAGGCUACGCUGUUGAACGUGGAGUUGAAUGGGAUCGUGGCUAAUCGGAACCAGGUGGUGAUUAGCGACGACAAUCUUAUCAGCGGUGGCGCCCGUGGCUGGCAGGACGAUUACGAAGUGGUGCUAAUCGGCGACCUGUUCUACGAUACUGAGAUAGCGGCAGAGCUGCACCCAUGGAUACAGCGUUUGGCACGUGCUGGAGUGAAGAUCUUUAUUGGCGAUCCGGGGCGACACGGCAUCACGGAGACUGGGGUGCUGCGCCACAUGACUCUACGCGCGCGGUAUGAACUUCCGGAGCAUGUGUGUUUGGAAAACAACGGAUUUUCCCAUGCUAAUGUGUGGCAAUUUUUGCCCACCCAAGGGCAGUAA